UGUUUUUUCCAGGCCUGUUUGCGGCGGGUUAACCAACGAGCGGCGCGCUGCCUCAAGGAGGGAGCUGGUCCUCCAGUAUCCCAGAGUGCAGCGCGGCGUCAGUGGCGUCGUUCGCUCCCCCCGCCACCACCCGAUCCCGUCGUCUUUCCCUCAGCCGCCGGCCGCCAUGUUGUGCUAGCUUGCUUCGAGCUCCUCGGCGGCGGGCGCUCAACCACCCACCCACCUCCCUCCCUCACAGCGCGGCGGGGCCGAGAGAAGCAGGAGGGGCGCGGGGGUCCUCGCAGGGGCCCGGCGCCAUGGCAGCUGCCUUGGGAGGAGGAGGGGACGGAGGAGCAGAUGAUGACUUUGAUCAGUUCGAUAAGCCUGGUGCAGAAAGAUCUUGGAGGAGGAGAACUGGAGAUGAAGACUGGGACAGUGAAUUAGACGAUGACUUGCUAGGAGAAGAUUUGCUGGCUGGCAAAAAGACGCAGUCAGAUAUGUCAGAUGAAGAACUGAAUGAUGAUCUUCUACAGAGUGACAACGAAGAGGACCAACAUUUCAGUACUCAAGGUGUCACAGUUAGUCUUAAUGCUACAUCUGAAGUAGCUACAUCCUUUGAACUCUCGGAGCAUGCCAAUGAUCAGUCUGUUGAGCAAGAUUCAGAGUAUGAACAAGGGGAGGAUGAACUGGGCUAUGACAAAUCAGAAGUGCCUGAAGAGUAUUCUGGGGAAUACACAGAAGAAGGGCAGUAUGAAGGCCAAGAGGCUGAGCUGACAGAAGACCAAAUAGAAUAUGGGGAAGAUCAGGGAGAAGAAGAGAUUUAUAAUGAUGGAGUGCUAGAUCUCGAAAUCAAUGAACCUCUAGAUGAUUUUACAGAUGAAGAUUAUAUGCAGUCCUACAGUGAGCAGCAAGCAAUUGAACAGCAAGAAUAUGUAGCUGAAGAAGAAUUGGAGGAGGUUGCUGACACCCAGACACCUCCAAAUGAGUCGGAAGAGGCAGUUAUUGAAAACCUAGAGCUUCAAGAAGAAACCAAAGAAGAGUCUGAUGAAGAAGAGGAAGAUGAUGAAGAAUCUGGUCGAUUACGUUUCAAAACUGAACGGAAAGAAGGAACAAUCAUUAGACUUUCGGAUGUAACGAGAGAGCGAAGAAACAUUCCAGAAACUUUGGAACUUUCUGCAGAAGCCAAAGCAGCGCUAUUUGAAUUUGAAGAGAGGGAAAGGCAAAUGAAGCAGGGGCGUUAUGGCUCAAGAAGAGGAGGAGGAGGAGGAGGAGGAGGAGGAAGGAGAGGAGGGCCUUUAAUGUGUCGUGGGAUGGGAGAACAAAGAAGAGACAACAAUGAAAGGGGAAGAAUGAAGGAUCACAGGCCUGCGUUGCUGUCGACCCAGACAUCUGUUACGACACAUUCGGAAAGGAUAUUUCGUCAUCAACAGCCCAUUAGGAAUCUCUUCCAGCAGCAGCAGCAGCAGCAGCAGCAGCAACAGCAGCAGCAGCAGCAGCAGCAACAGUUGCAGGGGCUGUUACCCAUUCCCCCUCAGCUUCAUACACCACCUCCGCCUCAAGGGAUGCAUAUGCCACCCCAGCUAGAAGCACCAAGAAUGCUGAUGAAUCCUCCUCCAGUGACAUCUCAGCAGCCAAAAAACAUACAUAUAAACCCACACUUCAAAGGAACUGUAGUAACACCUGUGCAAGUGCCCUUGCUGCCAGUCCCAAACCAGCCAAGACCUGCUGUAGGACCCCAGAGAUUUCCUGGUCCUCCAGAGUUUCAGCAGAAUCCCCCUGGACCUGUUCCUACCAACUUCAGUCAAGCCCCAAGACUCUCCCUCCAGGAUCAAUGGAGAGGACCACCACCGCCUCUGCCACCACCGCCUCCACAAGAUAGAGAGCCUUUCUUCAUGGGAGAGCCAAGAUUUCCCAGCCACCACUUGUUUGAGCAGCGGAGCCCUCCUCCUCCUCUACCGCCCCCACUCCUCAACAGCGCCCACCCCAUGCCCAACCAAAACCCGCACCCUUUCAGCCAGCCUGGACCAGGUUUUAACCAGCAGGGGCAGCAGCACAUGUUCCCCAGAGAGAGGAUGGUGAGGCCAAACAUUCAGCCGCAGGGCCCCGUGGGAGUCCUUCACUUCAACCAGCCUGGAGCAGCAAAUGCACGACCUUUCCUCCCUCCCAGGCAGUCGUUCAUGCAGGUUCCAGGCCAGCCGUUUUUGACAACUCUCACACAGCCCAACAUGCAGGGUCCUUUGCACCCUCCUUUGCAGCCACAGCAUCAGCAGCAUCCACAGCCGCCGCAACAGCACCAUCAGCAGCAUCCUCAGUCGCAUCAACAGCCGCAUCAGCAGCAUCCGCAGUCACAUCAGCAGCAUCCACAAACAGCCCAGCAGCACCACCAGCAGCAUCAACCACACCAGCAGCACCAGCCACACCAGCAGCAGCACCAUCUCCUUGCAGUGCCCCCCCAGCCUCUGAUUUCUGUUGCCCCAUCCCAGUUUAGACCUCACAUGCAGGCACAGCAGCAGCAGUCGAGCAGCAAUCGGAUGCAGUGUCAGCAACGACAAGGUCUGGUAAAGGCCAGACAUAACACACCAACACAAAACAUGGCGAAGCGUCCAAAUCAGCAACUCCAGUCACCUGCUCCAAGGAACAGUAACUUGCGGGAAUUGCCGAUAGCACCUUUGCAUGCAAUCGAGGCUGCUAACAACCGAAGAACCUCAGCACCUGCUGCUCAAGUAAAACCCAUUACCAGUACCAUGCCUACUGCAAGGCCUGUUGCUAGUGUGAAGAACCAACAGGGAAGGACUGAGACAAAGCCUAGAGCAGUUAUUCCAGUGGCACAACCUAAAGUGGAGAUCAAAUCUGAGCCAGAGUUUCCUGAUGAAGAUGAAGAAACCAGACUUUACCGUUUAAAGAUAGAAGAGCAGAAGCGCCUAAGAGAAGAGAUCUUGAAACAAAAGGAGCUCAGGCGGCAACUUCAGGCUGGAGCUAGAAAAAGAGAGUUGCUUGAAAGGCUCGCACAGCAGCAGCAGUCUUCAACCCAACAACAGGAGGAAGAAACUUCACAGUUGCCCACCAAUGGAAAUCCAUUGCUUCCCCUUCCCGGUGCACAGCCUCGCCAAAAUGUGAAAUGCAGGCUGAUGGUUAAAAAGCAAGACCCAGUAGCUCCAACCCCCCCUGCUUUUCAGCCCAAGCCCCCAAAUAUCCCGCAGGCUGGAGAUAAUGCACAGUUUCAAGGACAGCAAAUAAAAACAGUGAAGCAGCUAAGACAGACUAGGACAGUGCCCGAAAACGAGCUCCAGCUGCCAUACAAAGGGUUGCAAACAAAGCCUCCUGCAGCCCACUUGAACCCGUCUCAGAUUGCUCGUGUGGCAUCAGUACAAGGCCAGCCUCAGGAACUGAAGCCUGGGGUGAAAAGAACUGUCAUGCAGCGGGCAAACAGUGGUAGUGGAGAUGGGCCCCAUGUCGGCACCAAAGUCAGGGUGAUUAAAUUGUCAGGAGGGGGUGGUGAGAACGUUGGCUUUUCUCACUCCGACCUGCCACAUCACCGGCUACAGCAGCCCCUGGACCAAAGACAUCAGCCUGUGCGGAAGGUCACGUUGACAAAAGGAACAAUACAGCAACCACAUCAGCACCAGCUGGCACAGAUCCACUCACUUCCCCAGGGGCUGAAAAACAUCCCGGGGAUACAUCAGGCAAAGAAGGUCAUUACGCACGGGAGAGGCAGAGGCAUUGCGGGCCAGAUGGGCCGAGGACGCUUGAUGCCAAAUAAACAGAAUCUGCGAGUGGUAGAGUGCAAACCACAGCCCUGCAUUGUGUCAGUUGAAGGGCUUUCUUCAUCAACCACGGAUGUCCAACUGAAAAACCUGCUGAUGUCGGUAGGACCUAUUCAGAGUUUACAGAUGCUUCCUCAACAGCGGAAGGCCAUCGCAAAAUUUAAAGAGCCCUCUGAUGCGUUGAAAUUUCAACAGAAGUUUCACAGGCAUAUGAUAGAUUUGUCCCACAUCAACGUGGCACUGAUAGUGGAGUGACCUGCUGAACGCAACUGGUCUGUUCUUCUACAUGUAGCUUCCUUUGAAGGAAGUCGCAAGACAGGAUCUCCUCGCGAUCUCCAAUGCCAGCUUUGCAGUGCCCCGCUGAAACUUCAGACUACUCUGUGACACUACAGACAGCAUCUUUGUUGCCGUGGAAGCUAGAGUUAACAAGGAUCCAGACACGGAGAGUUUUGUAUUGGCUUUCUUUUACCGUGUUGACACAUGGAGCUAUAGGUCUCGUGUCCUUGUGCACAAAUGUGCGUACAUAGGUGUUUUUUCGAGAAAUGUACUAUAUGAUCACAGUGACUCAGAUUGAAAGAACACUAACUUUGAAUUUUUUAUGCUUCUUCAUAGCAAAGAAUAUUUGAUAAUGGUUGCUCUUAUCUUCCAUGUGGGGUGUUGGAAUGAGAUGGUGUCCAUACCUAUCUGGAUAUUUUUUUUAGCUAAGUAGAUAGAAUAAAACAUGGGCUGUGUAAUUUGUUGGUAUUUUUCCAAGAGUUCAUUCUUGAAAGCUCUUAUUCCCAGUGAGGUGAAGCCAACAAUAUGAAGUACUGUGCAUGCUCUCAACCUUUUUCCCUUUCCAACAUCACCUUGUAGGAAUAACCUUCCCCUUUUCUUCUCCUGGCUUAACAAGUCUCUCCUUCCCAGAGUAUCUGAAAGGCAGGACUAUUAGCAUUCUUUUAUUAUAUAUCUUAGAUUGCCUUCAAAGGCGAUUGCAGGAUGUCAGGGUGGGGGUGGGAACCUGUACAUGUUUACAUUCAAUAUAACACUAGUAGUAGUAUUCAAGGAAACAAGAUUCAUUCCUGGCAGGUUGUUAUGAAUGGUACCAUUAUUUUGAUUUGAAUCUUUCCUUCAGAUUUUCUUAGUAUAAUAGUUUUCAGCAAAGACUGCAUAAUGGCAGAGGCUGUUGAAUUGAACAAGUUGAACUUAAAAAGACUUUUUAUUCCAUGGGAUGCCAGGAUGGUCUAAAAAUUAUGUGCAGACUUCAAGGAAACUGUGUUUUAUGUAAGAAGUAAAGCUUUUUUCAUUGUCUCCUGCUUGUUUCUUCCAAAGGAAGGGAUCUUUUUGUUACCAAAAGCUCCUUUGUACCCCGAUGUCUUUUGGGGAGAGAGCUUCCUCUAGAAAUAUUUUUCAGUGCUAAUAUAUUAGGCAACUGCCAGAAUGGCAAAAUUACAGAUAAUAAUCUGUAAUUAGAAAGCAACUACAAGCAUUUUGUGUGUAUGUGUGCGUGCGUGCGUGCGUGUUGGCUAGAAUAAAAAUGUUAGAGCAGGAGAAAGAAUUACCAUUUAAAAAUACUAUUUAAGGCUUGCAUUUUAUGUGAAAUUAUGAACUGGUUUGUUUUUAAAAAAACCAAACUCUAUAUACAGAUAGGAUUUUAAAAACUGAAUUCUGAAUUAAGAUGAAGCCGUUAAGCUAUAAAUAUUGUCAUGUCGUUUAAUGGCAAAAUUGCUUUCUUUCCCUUCUGGAAAUAUUGCAGGAGUAGCUUUAUUAGGGUGCUGUAGUAGUAAAAGUUUGAUCAUUUUAAUUGUGUUUUUAAUGACUAGCUAGUAAGCACCCUCCUGCUCCUUCUGAAGUGGUUCACAGAGCCAUGCUGUCGGGGUGAGUUUUGUUUUCCUUUGCUGUCUUAGGCCUUUCAUUUUUGCUUCUUAGUCUUAGUUCACGAUGGAUGGCUUAGUUUCCCUCUGCUCAAGAGCGCUUCAAAGGUUUACAGGCAUCAAGCAUUGUUCAUAACUGAACGGACUGUACUUACCUCCCAAGUCAGCUCUGGUCCUUGUGCAGAUGCUAAGCCUGCCUUUUAGGGAUGAUUUAAAAAUUAUUCACAAAGCUUGGAUCUUCAUCCCACUGUGCAGCUACAGCUUCUCAGUAACAAAUAAUAGACUUGGCAGAAAACAAAAAACAACAACGGAUUGGUCAAGGUGGUGGUUGAACUGCCUGGGAUGUGGGCAACUUUAAUGAGCUGAGCUCCGUAGCGAGCAAGACUUCGUUGGUUUGGCUUUGUAAAUGUGCGGAUUUCAUGGUGCCUAAGCUUACAGUUCAGAUCUGCUGGUGUCAACGGGACUUGUGCUUAAGGAAAUGGUGAGGUUUUGUUGUUCAACUGUUUACAGGUUUCAAACCUCUGUGUCCAUAGGCUGUUGUAUGGCAUUUAAUGCGGUUUGUGCUUUUGUCUGAGUAAAGUGUAGACACGUUUGUCUGACCUCAUCUGUUACAGGCUAUAGUGUAUGCAGUGUGCGUGUGCGUGCACACACACAGCAUUUCAACACAGGAACAUUCCUGUUUGGUUAUAGAAAGAGAGAGAAGCGUACAAUUCUUUCCCCUAUCAGCGCAAAACCUGUGAUCUGGGUGGCAGGCACCCAGCCUCUGGG